UGCCACACGUGUUCUUAAUUAUUUAUUUAAUAAAAUAAUAUAUUUUUGCGUCAACAGGAACGUCUAAUAUAGACAAAAAACACACACACACAUAUAUAACGAAUGUAAUGUUACUGAUGGCAGGCUGUCUGAUAGCAGAACCCACAUGUCCUUUGAAUGACUUGGUGGUAUCCGGAAAGAGGGGUGGUGAGAAUUUCAUUUACUCUGCUACUCUUUGUUGCUCAUUUCAAUUGGACAUCAUUUAAAUUACUGUGCAGUAUGUGAUAUGUACCUAGCUGCAAUUGAAAAAAAUGGCUGCACAGAUAACUGAGUCUGAUCAAAUUAAACAGUUUAAGGAAUUUCUGGGUACAUACAACAAACUGACAGAGACUUGUUUUAUGGACUGUGUAAAAGAUUUUACAACCAGGGAGGUGAAACCAGAGGAGAUGACAUGCUCUGAAAGUUGCCUUCAGAAGUACCUGAAGAUGACACAAAGAAUAUCGAUGCGAUUCCAGGAGUAUCAUAUUCAACAGAAUGAGGCUUUAGCUGCCAAAGCAGGACUUCUCGGCCAGCCCCGAUAAGACAGGGCAGUGGUUUGGAUUUAUGUACAGUAUUGUACUGCUGGAAGAGGACUUUCUAAUGUAUAACUGACCUGUUCUCCCCGAGACACAACUAUAAUUGUAGGAUACCUUGAACAGCAAGAGCAUACAGUGGCCAGGUUGUAGACAACAGAUCAUAUAAAGGGCAGUUUGCUCAAGAAGUAUUCUCUAAAAAUACUUUUAAGCACCUACUACUUUAAUUAUAUGCGAGAACUAGUAGACAUGGUGCCUUCAGUGCCUGCUGACCACUGGACAUAAGUGUUUCGAUAAGUCUUAUGGUGAUGUCAUUUUGCUUUCGUACAAUACAUGACAAAAACUUGUUUACUUCUAUGGACCAUGUUUUUUAAUUAUUGUUGAAAGAAAAGAAAAUAUUAUGCUGCAUAUACAGACUAAAACUGCAGAUGUUUCAGAUGCACUAGCUUUUAAAGCUGGUUAUGUUUUUUUUUUCUGUACACAACAGCAUUUUCUGUGCCAAUUGGGGUUUUAAAGAAAUUAAGAAAUUAUAAUUUGAACUGGGUUAAGUUAUAUAAUAUUUAUUACAUGAAUACAUAGAAAUGUUAAAAGGAUAAAGCAGUUUCUCCACAUCUUAAAAGUAAUCCAAAUUAUUUCUGACAAUAAUGUAGUUCCUGUUUAUCUUGCAUCUCGAAAUGAGCAAAAAACAGACAAUGAAGAGCUAAUAUUGUGGAAUGGCAAGAUUCUUCAUUAACUGUACAUGCAAUUCAUUAAUGGCAGCUUUACAUUUUCUCUCUUCACUGUAUUUCCCCCCCAGAGAUUAUUUCUUACUGCUGUUGCAGUUAUAUAAAAAAAAAUAAACUACCUCCCUGGAAAAAAAAAUUAACAUAGCUUGUCAUUAGUAUUUUGGAGAGUAACUCACAUUUAUUUACCAAAAUUGGAUGUUUAAGUUGUCAAAAGUCAAUGUACAUGCUUCAAAUCUCUGGCCAGAUCUACUGCCUCCAUUUUUUUCAAGUGUUGUAUAUAAUCUACUGCACACUUACUGUUCUUUAACGAAAAAGAAAACACUCAAGAGAAUUAAAGCUUCACUGUCCACCA